GUUCUAGAACCUGGCAUAGAAGUUCAGUAUGGGCUAACAGACGUGUGCUUGUGACUGUUCUUCCGCUACCUUCCAAAGCCUUUCUUUCUUUCAUUCAUUCUUUCAAUGACAUUUACGAAGAAAAACCAUUUAAAACAUACGAAAAGCCAUUAUGACGAAAAGCCAUUCUCGCGAGUAAUAUAAUACAUUUUUUCCCGCUUUUUUUUUUUCUUUCGAUUUUUUGCUGGAAGAAUUGACGGAAGAAAAGAGACGAAACAGGAAGAAUACGCAACAAGGCCAAGAGGCAACACGAAGCGAUCAAGACAGAGGAAGGCUUCUCCAUUCUCCAAGACGAUCUGCCAAGGAACAACAAAACGAUAUUAAGUACUUUCGAUUUCGUCGCCAUCUUGGAGAAUUGUUGGUGUAUCUUCGUUGGUGUCUUGAUUUUCUUUUCAAGCCAAAUUUCACGAAAAUAGCACACGUUUUUUUUUCACUGCUGUCUUUCUGAGACAAGACAGAAAGGAAAGAAAGAAUACCAAAAAAGAGAAGACAGAAAAUACAAUAUUUGUCUGCUAUUCAUAAACGCUUUCUGUCCGGCAUUGUCAACGGAGCCAAGAGAAGAUAAUCUGUUUACAAGAUUUCUAUGCCGGCUUUAGGAAGAUAAACUAUCUACAUUUUCUAUGCUGGCUCCGACACCUGAGGUGAAAGGUAAUAUAGAAAAAUGUUUACUGAUGCUGAAUACUUUGGAUUACUUUAAACAUUGGAUAUACACAUAUAUUUUGUAGGAAUGUGAAUUUUACGGAAGAUUGAAAUAUUAUAUAAAGAGUCCUGCGUUUACUAUCUGUGGUGUUAAAUUAAGAUAUAGUGAGCCAUAUUUCUUAGAAUGGAUUUAAUAUUUGAUUUUGAGAUCUGCUGAAUCAAUAGAAAAUUUGACAACACAUAUUUUAUAACUGAAAUAAAAAAGAACCACAAAAGUUUUCAAAAUGUCUGACAACGAAGAUCCACAAAAAUGUGUCGUCUGUUCAGUGUUCGAGCCUCAAGCGUGGAGGAAAUCUCUAUGCAGGAACUGCUUUCAUUCCUUAGAGGAACAUUCGGAGGAACUUCUCGCCCAAGAAGCAGAGGCUGUGGCAAAAGAAAAAGACGGUGAAGCUCCAGCUGUGUCGAAACCCUCUGCCACCGACUCCAGUGCGCCUCAACCGGACGCUUCUAAAUCAAAGGAGGUAGCGUCGAAAGCGUCCAAAGGUGGGCCCGCUCCUGAAAAAGAUAUAAAAGCAAAGCCCACCGCUGGUAAGGAAGAGAUAAAAACACCAUCUUCAAAAGAAGCCUCUUCAGGAAAAGAGGCUGUGAAACUGAGCCCUAAGAGUAGCUUUACUGUAGCUAUGGUGAGCGGCAAAUCCAAAACAGUCACCUCGACACCCACACCAGCUACUUCUUCGCCCUCAAAAUCCCCACCUAAAACAACGGUGGCUCCAUCGUCAUCCACAGCAUCUUCCCUCUCAACAACAACGACAACUUCGUUGUCAUCAUCAACUUCAUCUACAUCAACGACAUCAACCAGUGCUCAAAAAACGACAUCCGUUUCCUUGGCGAAGAAUUUCGCUUCCAAAUUUGAAUCCAAGGCUGCCAGUCUCGCCAAGGAAAAAUCCCCUUCAAAAUUUCCAGACACUCGUGGUGGAGGCCCUUCCGUUUCUGUGGUCACAGGAAAAAUCUCCAGUGAUCCAAAAGCUGACUCUAAAUCCAGCUCAUUAAGUAAACCUACAGACACGAAAUCUGCAGAUACCACAAAGCCAUCAGACAGUAAAACAGCUGACUCAACGAAAGUAAUAGCGCCAAAAGUUGAUACUAAAAACCUUAAAAACGACGAAGGUGAGCAGUCGUCACCUAAAACCUCAACAACAGACUCAAAAACAAACAUUUCACCAACAAAAGACGAAAGCAGCAAAAAUACCGAGGACAAAAUCAAAAGUCCACCAUCCGACUUAAAGGAUAAGAAACAAACAUCUUCCAUAAAAGCAGACGACAAAGACACUAAAAGCACGCUAGCUUCCCGCUCAAAAUCCGCUCCUUUUGGAAAAGACUUGCUUAAAAGUAAAAAGGACUCAGUUAAGAAGGAGCAGUCCCCAGUGAAAGACAUACCUGAUUUAAAAUCGAAAGAAAACGGAGCAAAUAAAGCAAAGACUCCUGUCCCUAAAAGUCUAUCGACGUCUCCGAAUGACAAAGAGAAAUCGUCGACUUCAUCUAAACCAACGACAAGCAAGACAGCAGACGACAAAACGAAGAAGAACGGAGACAAUUCAACGAUCAAAACUUCCGAUAAACUGCGGCAAGGAGAUGGCAGUUCUUCAGAAUCUAAGUCUCCUUCUCCCAGUUCACGUUCAUCUCAAGGGCCUGAACAAACAGAUUCCGCCGCUGUAAACAAAAAUGCUCACCCCGCCAAGCCUGUGACAGGUAAAACUGGAGAUAACGGAUCGGGCGGGCAAACAUCUGGCCCCGCAGACGGCUCUAUCAAGACAUCAGAUGACGUCAAGGACCCAAACCAGAAUAACAAGAAAGAUACGAGUCCCAAAGCAUCACCCGCUAAGUCGGACAGAGACAAGAGCUCGCCUUACAGAGAUCGAGGCAAAGACGAAGGUAGCGGUGCAGCGAAAAAAGGCGAUAACCUCUCGCCUCCUACUGGCAAACCCGGCGGCCCUCCAACUUCAAAAACAUUGCCUCUCUCGGCCUCGAAAUCUGCGUCAAAACUACCAUUCGACAAAAUCAAAGACACGAAACUCGACUCAAACAAAGACAAUAAGUCAAGCAAAGUCAAAGAACUCGACAAAUCUCAGGACAAGACAACACCCUCGCUUAAGACUCAACAGUUCGAGAAAAGAGAUGAAGCAACAUCUAGUAGCUCUCCCAAAAAAGGAAACGAAAAAUCCACCGAGUGCAAUGACAACGAUCUCACCAAAAGGCUAACAGAAGAGCUGAAAGAAAAAGCCGAAGCUCUAUCAAGUCUUAAUACCCAACUGACAAAAAUGGAAGAAAAGAUCAAAUCUUUGGAACUAGAAAAGGAGAAGAUACGAAAAGAAUCAGCUCAAACAGUCAAUGAUGACUUAGAGAAAUUGUUAAAAGAACUCAGGUCUCAGAUAUGUGGCCUGGAAGGCCAAUGUUCUAGACUUGAAAAGGACAACCAGGACCUAUUAGUCAAACUCAGGGAAAAGGAUUCCAAAAACAGUCCAGCAACUGACAAGAAGCACAUUGACAAUUCCGUCUUAGAGGAGGAUCUCGAGGCUGCUGAGAAAGAGCUGGAGGAGGUCAAAGAAGAGAAUAAAGAUCUCCAGAGCCAGAUAAUGGAGAUGAGAAACGAAAUGGAUGAAAUGUAUGACCACUUCCGGGAAGCGGAGCACGACGAGUUCCGAGAGCUUCAAAAAGAGUUGGACCUGACCGCCAAGAACUGCCGUAUCUUGCAGUUCAAGCUCCGCAAAGCGGAAAGGCGGAACGACCAAAUCGAAGAGGAUCGCAUCCACUACGAAGAGAAGCUUCGAAGGCUGCAGGAUCAGUUCGACUCUCAAGACGCCAAGAACCACAUCCGCGUGCUGGAGGAGGAGCUUCGAAUGGCCAAGGAAGUGUCUGUUCGUCUGCACGAUGAACUGGACAUCGUUGAGGACAAGAGAAACAAGACACUUGAAGAAAACAGACAUCUGACCGAACUCCUAGAGCACACAGACAAACGUCAGUUUAGGAUGGAGAUGGAGAUUGAUAAACUUCGUGACAUUGUCUCUGACUUGCGUCAGCAACUGAAAGAAGCCAAGGGCAACAAUAACAAGGAAUCAACUUCUCCAGAUCGCAAGCCACCACUGGGCGCCAUCGGCAAGCAAGGGAGCAAGGAAUAUGACGUGUCUCAGCUGAUGAAGGACCUCUGUGACACCAUGGAGAGGGAAAACGACCUUCGUGAUCAGCUAAAGUUUACGGAGGAAGAGUCCAAAAUGCUUCGCAAGAGGGUGUCCAGCAUGGACGAAGAGAACGAGUAUCUGCGUCUGCAGUUGCAGAAGAUGAGCGAGAAGGCGAGCAAGCACAAGAAGAAAGAGAAGGAGAGGCAGAGAGAACUGGAAGAGGAGAAGAAACACACAGAGUCCAUAAGAGCAGCUUUGGGAAGCAGUGGUCUGUCUGAUGACGUAAUAUUAAUCGUAGGCGCCGACGGAAAUGACAUCAUCGAUGGCGACGAGCCUAUUCCGGUGUCGCAAAGGAAGGACUCCACCGACGAAGAUCUCAUGAACGUCAUGCAGCUCCGCGUGCAGCUGGAGAUGGUGGAGCAAGAGCUGAUGACGUCACACAAGAAGUUGGACGACAUGGACUUGGAGAAUGAGAACCUGCAAGCGGAGGUGAAGUUUCUACAAGAGCGGCUUGCUGAGAAAGAGGCUGCAUCCACAUUGACCCUCGCUGAGCCCUCCACCCCAAACGCUUACUACGAGGACAAGUUGCGCGAGCUGUCUCAAGAAGCAGAUGACCUGAGGUGGAAGCUUAUAGAGAAAGACAGAGAGAUAGAGAGACUCAGUGUUGUCCAGACUCGACAUAUCCGAGAACAUGUCCACCACAAGAAAGACGACAAACUGAAAAAGUCCAAAUCCUUGGACACAGACACUGAGCCUGCUUCCAGUGAACUGAGGCGACAAGUGGACAGUCUACAGAUUGAGAUCAUUCGCUUAAGACAGAAACUGGAAGAAACAGAAGAGAAAAUUGAGGAACUUCAAACUGAAAAUGAAGAUUUGAAGAAUCGAACCCCGGUCCCCUCGGUUAGAGCUGACGACGCUCCGUUGGAGAACAUCGAUCUGAGGGAGAAAGUACGUAAGCUGGAGGAGGAGAACAAAGCCCAGGCGGACAAGAUUAAACUUUUGACGGACAACCUUCAGAGGCUGUCACGUGAUAGCAGGACCUUCACAUCCAGUGCCACGUCACCGACAACUCCAGGUAAACUUGGCAUUCCCGGGAUUCCACUUUUUGGACCGGGAAUCCUGGCGGCACGCGCCGAUUCAGAACCAGCCAAUAGACAAGAGGAGCCAAAGUCACGUGCACAGCAGCAGAAGAUUCAGUUUGAGAAUGCGGAGAGGAAAGGGAUAACGGUGGAGUCGCCGGUGGAGGGGAACGCAGUGGAAAUAAGCAGCGAGAAACGUGAGUACGCGAAACCGUUACUCGUGAGCACAGCAGCGCCCUCUUCGACGUCCACGCGAGGGGUGCCGGGAGACUUAGGAGGGGAGCUGAGAAUCGACGCCUCGUUCAGCAUAACGGAGGUCUCCUCGACACGCGAGUAUCCCCUGAGAGGCGCCGACGAAGGAUUACGAGCGCUCGAAGCCGAGCCCGGGGCCAAAGAAUUCUACUCACAGCACUCACUUGAUCACAACGUUAGGACCGAGUCCAAGGGCCAUAUGGAGAAGGCUGGAGCCAAGACGGAGGGCGCCAAAGGAGGUGGAGGAGGGGGAGGGGGCAGCAAUAGCGACUACGACAGAGACAGUGACGAAGAGUCAGAGGCCAGCGUGUCGCGACGCAGGAUAGACAGUGAUGACGAGCCGAUACCACGGUCAAUUCUUUUGGACUAUCCGGAAUUUAAAUCGAAAGUGGCUAUUUCCGGCGAAGAGUCUCGAGUGGAGCUAAUGGAGAAGGUUCUAGACAUGGAUGACGAAAUCAGUGUGUUACUGAAUGCACUUAGGGAGAGGGAGAGUCUGACAGAGAGGCUGCUGAGUAAGACCAAAUAUCUGAAGAUGCAGCUCAGGGAGUUGAAAGAGGACAGCCGGAGAACGGAGCUGGAGCUGCUCCAGGAGUUGGAUAUGCUGCACGAUAAAAACAGUGUCAUGAGCAACCUGCUGGACAUCAUCAACGAGAGGGCGGAGGCAGCUGAGGAGGAGCUGGAGCGCAGGGUCCAGGAGACCACCACCCACUCCCCAGCCCGCAGCGCCAGCAACGUCAGCCAGGUGUCGGCCCUGAGCGACACCAGCAUGGGCAGCGACGAAGUGUUCCUUACCGCCCACUCCGCCAAGGAGGGCGUCAUCACGCGCGACUGGGAGGUAAGGAAUUGUGUGCUGGACUACGCCGAGUUCCGAGAGGGUAAAUUAAAAGUUAGGAUCGAGUCCCUGGAGCGGCUUCUGGCCGAGGAAAGGCAGAAGGUCAGCAUGAUGGAGAGGAAGCUUCUUCUGGCUGGGAUCGACACCACGGCGCCCUCUGUGUCCGAUGACGUCAAGCUGAGGAUGAGAGAGAAGGAGAUGUUGCAAGAAGAGCUUCUCAAAAGUCAACGUCAUCUUCACAUCGCCACAGAUCAAAUCCAGGGAUUAAAGGAGAGGAUAGACAUCUUGGAGGAAGAGCGCCAGAGAUUGAAAGAGGAUUAUGGGAAGCUUUACGAUGAGGUCGGAAAAUCCCAUUCAGAUGAAGAAACUCAAACAGUUCUAGAGCCCACGACGUCUACUUCAUUAGAGACACCGCUCCUGGCUACACAGACGCCCAAGCUAGAAACACAGGCAACCAAUCACCUCCUAAACUCCACCAGAAGUGACCCAGUUUCCAUGCCAACUUCCGAGCUGAUGGAACAGUUGGUUCUGUACAAGGCGAAGGCUAAGGAACUGGAGUUCAAAGUUGAAGAGAUUAACGACACAUGGAACUCAAAGAGCCACGCUACAGACAAAGAGAAGGAAGAGCAUGAACAACUGUUGGAAGAGAGAAAUAACACAAUCUCAAAACUGCAAGAGACAAUCGAGAACCUCAAAUCGGAACUUUGCGCGAAGGUCAAGGUGAUUUCAGAGUUUGAGGUGACCGUGCGAGAGAAAGAGCUGGCCAUGAGCAAGCAAGAAGACUUGGCCAAAGAGCAGGAGGUCGAGAGCAAGAGACUGGAGUCGGAUCACCAGACGUUGCUGAAUCAAAUCUCUCAGAGGGACAUCACGAUCCGAGGACUGAACGAGUCCAUCAGAAUACGAGACGAACGUCUAAGAGAGAAGGACGACAUUCUGUUCAAGCUCAACUCCACGAUUGACGAGCACAAGAAGGAAAUGAAACAUCUCGGGGAGAAGCUCCUAAGGACGUCCAGCCUCAUCAGCGAGAAGGACGCCGCCAUUUCGGUCCUACGAGGACAAAUUUCGAGUUCGUCCGUCUUGCUCAGGGACACCCCCGCGAGCUGCCAGACGGACGCUGAGAAAGAGAGCUUCCGGCUGAAGGAAGCUCUCAACAGCCUCCAGCUUGACCAUGACCACCUGGUCAAUGAGAAGAAGCAGCUGGAGGCUACGUUGGAAAAAUCCAGGCAAGCGUUGGACGAAGCUAUGCUCAUGUGGGACAGGGAGCGCAAUGACCUACAGAGAGAGGCCAACAUCCUGGAAGAGAAGGUCCGAAUGUACGAGGCCUACAACACCAUGGGCAAAGAUGAGACCAUCGAGACGCUGAAAGAGGAGGCGCAGGGCUAUUUUAAUGAGAAGGAGGCCCUCGUGUGUGAGCUCAGCACUUUGAGGCUGAAACACGAGUCCUCAGAGAGAGUCAACAAGGAGCAAAUGGCCAAACUGCAGGCGGAGCUUACGGACAAACUACGUCUGCUGAAAAUGGAAGUAGACAGCAGUAGUCACAUGACCACAGAGAUGGAGAGACUUCGCAGACAGGCUGAAAUGGCCUACAGGCUCCAACAGGAGCAACGCGUGAUGAAGGCCGAGCAGCUGGCCAUGAAGGUUCGCUACGAGACACGUAUUGACAAAAUGAGUAAAGAACAAGAUAAAAUGCUUCUAACGAUCGAGAAGCUGCAGAAAGAGAGAGAGUUGGACAAGCAAAUCAUUCAAGGCAUCCAGAACAACCUGAGUUUGGUGAAAGACAAAUACACCGAGGAACUGUUGAGGUCAGAGGAAGACAAGACAGCACUAGACAGACAGCUGAAAGAGAUAGAGGAAUCCAGAGGACACAUUGAGGAGCUCCAGAGGCAUGUCCGGGAUCUGCGCGAGAAAACGUCUGACCAAGACAGGCUGAGAGCUGAGCUCAUCAAUAGAUUCGCCACUGACAGAGCCAGCUGGGAGAUCGAGAAAGCGAAUUUUCACAGCCAGAUAAACCAGUUGGAAGAGCAGCUCACCUGCACCUCGCGCCAACAGGAGCGGUCAAAAGAUAUCCAGGUGAAUAUGGGCAUGGCCUGGGAGAAGGAACGCAGGGAACAGAGGCGACUCCUUGGUGAGGCACACACCUUGGCCCUGGACCUACAGGAACAGCUGAGGGCCAGAGAGGAGACGGCGGCACACGAGCGGAAAGAGCUGAUACGUCAGAUGGAGAGUGACCGCUUGACCUUCGCCAAAAUGACCAGAGAAACGGAGAAAAAAAUGUUGGAGCUGGAGUCUUCAGUCCGGAACGCUGCAACUCUGCAGAAAAGAAUGAAGGAGACCCAAGACAAGUGCGACAAGGAAAGUGAACUCUGGCGUAAAGAGAAAACUGACCUGCUUCGUCUGUUGGCCGAGUCCAGGCAUAGCCACAACAGGGAUAUAAAGGCGGUGGAGGAUGUGCUUAGUUCGUUGAUUAGGCUACGUGAACUUGGCAUGAUGUUGAACAUCCCCUCAAAAGACAACAUUGGCACAAACAAAGCAGACUUGGACCAGGAUACGUUGGACUUUGUCAGGGAGGCUGUGCUCCACAUUUGUCGAGCCGCUGACGAACUGACCAACAUCACCAACCAGACAACGGACGAAGGCUCCGUCAAAACGAUAUGCAGUUCUGAAGUUGACCUGCUUAAAAGCGAAUUCUGUGAUAAACGUCACGUGGGAAAUGAUGUCUUCGUCAUCGCUGACGUCGUCACCACAACGACGACAAGGACCACGAGGAUCGAAGAGGAGUCCAAAGGCGUCACUCGCCUUGUGCAGGAGUCAGGAACACACCAGAAGUCGACCUCCCUUGACCCUAUGCCAAAAGCUCAGAAAGAGUUUGCCUCAGCUUCUGAAGAGAUCAGCUCAAACCGUGAAAAGGACAUCGCUCCAGUUCGUGCCACGGAAGUGCCCGUUACUUUACGUAACCUCGACAAAGCCUCGCCUUACCACGAACGCCCACCUUCCUAUUCCUCGGGCUCGAGAAGCGCUCAAAACUCUCGUGCUACGACACCGGAAGUUCCCGAAAGCAGCCCAGUGAUAUCUAACACAUUACCUUCACGAAAAUCGGGACUUCCCACGCCACCUCCUAGUUACGUCAUUCCCAGUGUAAAAUUCCCUAUUUCCUAUCCAUCAAAUCAAACAAAGCCUUUGACUUCUGUUCCGUCUUCAGCCUCUACAACAACUUUCAAACCAAAAAGGCCAGUGACAUUCUUGAAAAGCCUGUCCGUGGACAGUGCCCCUCUCUCUCCUCAGGUUACGGAGAGGCCUGAACCAUCCAGCCUUUCCGCCAACAAUACACCAAAUCUACCAGUGACAUGCUCAGAAAUGAUUUCUUCCUUGUCCACCUCAGCUGUGAUAUCCUCUCCCUCGGAACACUUUCUCUCUGUCUCAGGCGCUGUAGGUCCUCGCUCGUCCUCGUUUUCCCAUUCUACUCGUGAUCGCUUCUCUCCAAGAACAGCGAGGCGUAAAUUUUUCGAGGAGCUAACAGUUUCCUCCACAACACCAGCAGCCUCUUCUCAAUUAGGUUACCAGUCGUGGCCUGAGCGAAGGAGCGUUUCUUCGAGCUUGCACUUAAGGCAACAGUCACUUCCGGAUCCCAACGAGGUGAGGCGUGAGGCAGAAGAAGAGCACAGCCUCGUGGUCUCAAAACUAGAGCCUCUUUUCCAGAAAGGAGGCAUUAGAACAUCGGCAUCUUGGGAUGAUCAAAUGCAUUUCAGCCACUUCCAGGCAUCGAUGGAAAUACCAAGCGCUGAAGCUUCCAAGCCGACGCCAACUAAAGACUCAGCUGAUGGCACGCAAGAAACUGCCAUCUCUACCAUCGUGACGUCAACCACUUCAUCUUCUACGAUUUCUAAACACGGAGCUAAAGAAAAGAGGAAGUUCUUUAAAAAAUCCUGCAGUUUGGACUCCACCAUCGGCUCAACAAUCGCCAGUGUGGGCGUAUCCGUCAUGCCGCCAGCCGCUCCUACCGGAUUCACCCCUGCAGACAUCUUUGCCGCCGUUAAAGGCAAGUUGAAACCGGUGUUUAAAAAGAAAACCAGCGGCGCCGCGACAAAAACCAAUGAGGUGAGGCCACCAUCUCCACUUUUUAUACAAACAGAGGUCCCCGACGUUCACUUUACAGGCCACACUAUUACUCCAAUAUCAGAGCCUCUGCCUGAAGUUGACGUUGACCCCUCGGAAAGUCUUGACCAAGAGAGCAAAGAAUAUUUAACAGAGCUUCCAUUUGACAGGUCAAGAGAAACUCACAGAAAUCAACCUGGGAAAUGGAGGUCGAGGUCGGCCGACAGGAUAACCUCCUCGACCAGUGUUCCGUGCGACGUCAUCAGGCCUGUGUCCGGUGUAUGGAAAUUUAAUGAGACUGCGGUAUAACAAAAUUAGGGUCGACAUCUAGAUAUAACUAUUUACGAAAUCUUAAAUGUGGUAAAUUAAGACAUGAAUUAAAUUAGAAACACUAUUGAAAUAUAGUGAAAAAGUGUUUUCUGUGUAAAAUACUUGCAAUGGGAAGAAAUUCUUUUGAUGAAUGGUUAAAAAAGUAUUUGAAUGAAAACUUGACAAGUGCAGUUGAUAGAUUUUGUAUUGUUAUAGGUAAUGUGGUCUAAUUAGUGGCUAUACAAUGUUGACUUUUGAAAUGAUUUGUUUCUGCCCAGCAAUACCAUAGAGGUACAUUCGCAUUAACAACAAUAUAGGUCACCGUUUAAAAGGUACCUGGUUUGAUACUCUUCAAAAGUCGAAUUUUAGGAAAGACUGAGUAUGACGAUGGAAUGAAAUAGUUCAUUUAAAUACGAGCCACAGUGGCUAGCUACGGAUUUGGGGGCCCGGAUGUAAGCUUGACCUUUUUAGAUGCCCCUUGCUUUUUGACAUUCGACAUCAUGACAUGAGAUAAUGUACUUUAUAGAUAAUUAAGUCUAAAUUCCAAUUGAUACAGAAUAUAAGUAAAAUUAACAAAACAUAAUCAUAACGACUCUUUUAAAGAAUAGUACCGUUGCUUAUUGGCGAGAUAAUGCACAAGUGACCAAUCUCAAUCCCCAUCGUCUCAAGUCGUGUUUUCUGUGCUCUAACGUUAUCUAGAUUAAUGCUUUUUUUUUACUCCACAUAAAUAUCAAGAUUACAAGGUAGUGGCGUAAUAUUUAAUGUAAAAAAUAAAAUAGGACAUUAAUUUGGGGGAACUCUCAAGUGGUGGCCCAGGAGGAUUUCGGAAUUAGGACCUUUUCCCCAUCCUAGCUACGCCACUGCGAGCCUGUCUUGGUAUAUAGGUAGUUUUGUAAUCAAUAGGCAUCUAUAUUAUAUGGAUGAGCUAAUAUAGUUUGGUUAUACAAGUUAAAUACAUGAAAAGUGUUAUUUUUAUUGAUAAAGCUUUCAAAACAAAACCCUUUAAAAAAGUGACCAUUGAAUGAGGUGAAAAAAACAACAGCAACAAAAUGACACAAGGACACAAAAAUAUUUCUUUUGACCUCGAUGCUAGGGCUAACUACCAAAAUAAAAUUUUAACAUUUCAAAUACUGUUCAAGCUUGGAAUGGGUUGCCUGAAUCAUACAGAAAUAAGGACACAAAAAUAUUACUUGUCCUCGAUGCUAGGGCUAACUAGUAAAAUAACAUUUCAUUCAAAUACUGUUCGAGCUUGGAACGGGUUGCCUGAAUCAUACAGAAUCACUUAUAACCUAAUUUGAAUCUCUGAAUAAUCCUAUAUCCCCGUACACUGUCUUUAGGAAGAUAUGCUCUAUUUAGUACUAUUAUGUACGUAUUAUGUACGUAUUAUGUACGUAUUUUAAGAACUUUUUAUCAUUAACAUGUUUAUACCAAAAAAAUUCCUUUUAUCUUUGCUUCAUCAAUUCUAAUUGUAUUAUGUAGGCCCCUAGAGAAGUAAAGUUACCCUUUGCACUGCACCGAAGUAAAACAAAUACUCAUGGGAUUAGUGUCAUACUCUCAGAAGAAAAAAAGCGAAAAUAUCAGUUGUAAACAUUUUGUUCUUGUAAAUAGAAAUUUUCCCUCUUUAAAGUUCCUCGUCUUAUUAAAAAAACAACAAAAACUCAUUGUUCGAUUGUUUACAUUAUUUUGAAAAAAGCUUUUUUAUUAUUAUCUGAGCAAAUCUAUUUUAUUUGAUUAACGGAGACUGUUUAGAAUCCAAAGGUUUCAUUUCCCGUAUGCAAGGGAGUUGUAAGACUGCUGCUGAUAUAGAAGGCACAAUUUUGUGGUUAGUCAUAACGAUGAUUGGUCAGUUGAAUGAAAUGUCCUCUCCUGGUCAUUUACACUUCGUUGCUUUUGUCCAUUAGUUAAAAGCCUCUCUAUUGGUCAGGGGCAAAAACUGCGACUCUUAUUUUUUUUUUUAGUAGGAAUACAAUGUUGGGUUACUGGUCGAAAUCAGGGAAUUCAUCUGAUCAAGUGGUCAGCUACGUUGUUACGCCAAGCAACGCAAUGCAUUAAUCUGGUAUGACAAUAAGGCGCCAAUACUAAUAAUAAUUAUAACAAUAUUUAUUGUCUUCUAGUCCGAGUUAAUGAGCAGUGAAGUAUUUCACGUGGCUACACAGACCUAGCUAUGACCUAUAUAUUUUGCCUGUCUCUACGCUGACAAACUUUUGGUGGCCGAUAUAAUUUCUCUUUUGGCUGUCCACUUCUGUCUGUGGCUGUAGCUUUCAUUUUAGUUACCAGUGUGUAUCCCGCAGACUUUGUGAGAGAACUCCGACUCUCUCUACUUGAAGUAUUUUGCUGCCAGAAGUAUUUCUCUUUGCCAGUUAAGUCAAGCAGGCCCUUAAAGAUUUUACAGGGGCACUUUAAUGUAUAGGCUAAAUGAAUAGAAAUGACGGCUGAAGAGUCUGCUAUGUUUUCUUAAGGUUACCGACGACAUUGUUAAAAGAAUAUGCUAGGAGUUGCCUGAAUCAGCCAGGAAUACUAAUGAAAUAGUAGAUGGAAUGUCAGUAACUUUUAAGAAAAGAUACAGACAAAAUCAGUCAUAGCAAUUUUGUCAAAAAAAACCUGGCACGUAACUUUGAACUUGUCAGUUCUGCACAUUUAAUUUUUUUUAAUUUUUGUUAUUUUGUAGUUGACAUUAGAAAUUUCUAGAAUAUGUUAACUGAUAGUUGUUUUAACUGCAGUGAUCUAUAAAUAGAUUAGUAUUGUUUCGUUAUGAGUGCAGUGCAAGAUUUUUUGGAUUGAUUCGUAAUUAUGAUAAAUAGAACUGAACUUUUACCGCACUCUUAGUUUGUAUAGUUCUGUGACUUAUUCAGCUUAUGCAAAGUAGAGAAAAAUGCUCUUUGUUUAUUGUAUCAGACAUUUGUUAUUUCUUUGUGUUCUGUAUCAACACCAUGUUCCCAAAAUGUCGUUUAAGUCGUUAAUAUAAUAAUAUAAUUUAUUUCAAUGAAAUCUUUACCUAUAUAUUUUAUUUUGUUUCGUAUGUUUCUUGUAAAUAUUUUGAAACACCAUAACUGUCAGAUAGAAUUAACACAUGUUUCAACCUAAA